CGUACGCGAGACGAUCGACAUAUCGUUCUGAAGUAUUUAGUUAAACGUUUAUUAUUUAUUUACCAUAAUUAAUAAAUUAUAUCGAUGAUAGAUUCAGUGAUUAAUACUGUUUAUUGUCAAAAGAUGGUCAUUUUAUUUUUAUAAUUAGAAGUUUACUUAUUCAGUUUUUUGGACUCUAAUAUCUUGUGUUUUGAAAUUGUAAAACAUGUAAUUACAAAAAAUGUGAAUCAGAAUAGAGUUUGCUACUAAAUUAUUUAUUUAAGAGUAGUUUAGUGCAGUUUUACAGACAUGAUUUGGUUUUUGUGUUUCUUUUUGUCGGCAUCCGCCCACGUGUUUGGAAGUACGCAGGAUAAUAGCAGAAAUGUCCCGUGCACGGAUAAAAACCACUUAUUCCUGGCGCCGGGGGUGCUGAGUGCUGGCGGCGUAAACAGGGUCUGCAUUUCCCGUUUCCAUCCCGAAGGUCCAGCCCGCAUGGUGAUCACACUACUCGCUGAUAACGGAGAAUCUACCACCGCCGCCAGGGAUCUUCCACCAGGUGAUGGUGGCUGCCUCGAUAUAUCAGUGCCGUUGCGACCCAACACAAAAGCUGAUCUCAUUGUCAAUAUGCGGUACCCGGAGGCAGGAUGCACGUGGGAACGUCGACUAAAGGUGCGCGUGGCUGGCGCACGCGUACUGGUGCUGCACGUGCAACGCGCGCGUCUCCGCCCUGGUGAUACCCUGCAUGUGCGUGUCCUCGCCCUUAAACCGGACCUUACACCCGCUCAUGGAAACAUAGAUGAGGUUUGGCUGGAAGGUCCUCAAGGUGCAUGGGAGGGGGUCCGGGUUGCGCAAUGGCGGCAGUUGCGGACACGCCUCGGACUCGCGCAACUUCAGCACCAUCUUGACGACCACGCACCACCAGGCCUUUGGACUGUCAGGGCACGCCUUGCUGACGGCUCACAGGGUUCAACUACGUUCUGGGUGGGGAACUACGAACUGCCUCCGUUCCAGUUGACAGUACGGCAUUCCCCGCGCGUGCUGCGGACCAGCGAGAGACUUGUUUGGACUGUUUGCGUCAGGUAUCCUUGGACGGAAGCGGUGGAGGGUAUGUUAGUGAUCAGGUUGCGUGGUGCGGGCGGGGGCGGGAGCGGGGGUGGGGGAGGUAGCUCGGGGGUGCGCACCGCUGUACGGAUACGUGCGCCGCGUGCGUGUCACCGCCACGCCGCGGCCGCACGCCGCGUGGGGCUGGCAGGACUGAACACACCUGAUGUGGUCGUAGCUGACUUCAGUUUCCAGGAAGAAGGUACAAGAAUCUGGCAGAACACGACUGUGGUAUCCCAAGUCGUAGACGACCCUGUGACCAUCGAGUUCCUUACGAAGCAUCGGGCAGUCGUAUCUCCUAGUCUACCGUAUAAGUUGAAAGUGAAAGCUACACGUUGGGAUGACAAGCCUGCGUCCGGUGAGAGUGUGCGUGUGUGCCGGCGCCCCGCCCCGCGCGCCGCCCCGCGCCACGCCCCCCGCACCUGCGUCUCCGCACUCACCGACGCACGCGGCGUCGCUCGGGUUAUGUUCACCCCGGAUGCUGAAGAUAGCGCCUUCUAUGACUUCGAAGCUCGGCUGCAGAACGCGAGCGCUACGCUGCGGCUGCGGGUGCGCGGGGCGGCGGCGGGGGCGCUGGGCGCGCGGGGUGCGGCGGCGCUGGGCCCGCUGCGGGCGGACUCCCGCGCCGCGCGCACGCUGCUGCCCCUCUACCUUAACAUCACCGACCUCACCAAGCCACUCACUGUCCACUUUGUGGUAAUAACUCGUGGUGGUAUAAUCUACCGUUGGGGUGCGACAACGCAGUGUGCGACUGCAAGAUCUGGCGUCCAAAUCGAACCUGCAGCCAGGAACAGCUCGUGCGGCACAGAACGCGUCAUGCCGCUGGACGCUGGACUCAACAACUUGGAUGCAGACUACAACCAGCUGGAGAUGAACGCCAGUGAUGUAUUGGACCGCCACCUACUGCGGGUGAUGCUGCCCAUCAAGGUCACACACCAGAUGUGCCCCGACAGCCAUCUCCUCGCGUACUUCUACCACAAUGGGGAGCUGGUCAGCGCCAGCAAGCACUUCGAGAUGGAUGAAUGCUUUGCUAAUAAGGUGGAUGUGAGCUGGUCAUCCCGGCAGGUGUCUCCGGGCGCGGUAGCCACGCUGCAGCUGAGCACGGCGGGGCCGGCGCUGUGCGCGCUCUCCGCGGUGGACAGCGCCGCGCUGGGCCAGCACCAGCCCCUCAAGGACUCCCUGCUGCAUGCCCUGAAGACAUUGCUCGAAAGUCAUAGGAACCUCACGGAAUAUGACGCCGCUGGAGAAUGUUUUCUGACGAGUGAUGAAGCGGAGCUGCCUUCAAACAGUUUGGAGUUAACACACGCGUGGCUGGCGGCGGCGGGCGUGCGCGCCCUGGGCGAGGCGCCGCCCCCGCGCCGCUGCGGCCCCGCCCCGGCACCCGCCCUGGGCCCCGCGCCCCUUCGGCAACUCGAUACUCAGCCCAGGACUGACUUCUCUGAGGCGUGGCUGUGGCGGCUGGCGGCGGUGGGGCUGGGCGGGCGCGCGCACACCUCCGCCCGCGCGCCCGACGCCAUCACGCUGUACGAGGCGCGCGCGCUCUGCCUCGCCAGGACCGGCCUGGCCGUCUCCAGCCCCGCGCAACUGCAGGUGUUCCGCGAGUUCUUCAUCCAUGCUGACGCCCCCAAAACUUUACGUCGUGGUGAUAACACGAUAAUACAAUAUCGCCUCUUCAACUACUUAUUCGAACCACUUAGCGUUCAAAUCCAAGUGUUAGCGGACCCGCACUUAGAUGGCGCUAACCGCAUCGAGUCCGCGUGCGUGUCCGCGCGCGGCAGUGCGGCGCGGCGCGUCGAGCUGCGCGCACGCGUGCCCGGCGUCGCUAAGCUGCGUAUACGUGCGCAAGCUACUAACGACGAUAAAUGUGGCAACACCCACAAGAAUGACGUCAGUGAUGAAAUAGUACUAGAAAUCCAAGUGGAGCCAGAGGGCGUGCCGGUGCAGGAACACAAGUCAACGAUGCUCUGUGCUCCAGGGUCAUCAGAGCCUAUGGGGUCCAACGUGACGUGGUCAUGGGCGCAGGAGGCGGCGGUGCCGGGCACAGAGAACCUCACCGUGUGGGCCGUGUCUGAUGGCAUAGGACCACUACUUGCCGACGCGGACGCGCUGGUGUCGCUGCCGCGCGGCUGCGGGGAGCAGAACAUGGCGCGGCUGGCCACCAACCUGCUGGCGCUGCGCCUGCUGGACCCGCGCGCGCCCCAGGCAGCCGCUGCCAGGGAACACCUUGCUAGAGGGUUCACGCGGCAGCUGCAAUACGCGCACUUGGGGGGUGGGUUCAGCGCGUUCGGACCCUCAGACCCCGCGCCCUCCACCUGGCUCACCGCCUUCUGUCUACGCUACUUGCACCGCGCUCACCGGAUAUUGUCCCCGGGUGCGGGUGUUCCGGCGGUGCUGCGCCAGGCGGAGCGCUGGCUGCUCACUCAGCAGAUGGAGAACGGCUGCUUCCGUAACGAGGGUCAGGUCUUCCAUACUGAACUCAUGGGUGGGUUGGACGAAGAUGGGGAAUUAGCCAGCGUGGGUCUGACCGCGUACGUCAUCACCUCCCUGAUAGAGGGCGCGGCGGACCUCCCCUCCAGGGUGAUCCGGAACUCCCUCUCCUGUCUGCGCGCCUUCCCUCUAUCCAAGUCCAAGAGUCAUGCUGGGGUAUACGCGCACUCCCUGCUGGCGUACGCCCUCAUGCGUCUGAGGAAUCACGAGGAGGACUUGAAGAGGACCAACGAGGCGUACCUUCGGGAGAAGGAGGUGGCCAGCGGGCUGAUGGAGGACGAGGAGUUGAGGGAGCUGGUACUCUUGUUGAAACUCGCUAAGAGGAAUAAGGAGUACGUGUAUUGGGAGAGUGGGUCCCUGUCGACGUCAAUAGAGGCGAGCGCGUACGCGCUGCUGGCGCUGCGGCGCUGCGGCGCGGCGCUGGCCGCGGUGUGCGCGGAGGACGCGCGCGCCGUGCUGCGCUGGCUGGCGGCGCACACCGGCCCGCAGGGCGGCUUCCUCUCCACACAGGACACAUUAGUAGCGAUGGAGGCUAUAACCGCGUGGUCGUCGCACACUCAGCCAUCCAACCUGAGUGUGUCAGUGAGCAGUGAGGCUAACAAGGCCAGUAUCAGCGUGGUGCCCGGCAACAGGCUGCCAGCACUCGCCGCACUGGGCACUGGACACCAGCUUACUGUCUCUGUUCAAGGCAGUGGUUGCGCAGUGGUACAAGCAACGCGCUCCUACCAUUCGGGGGUGAGCAGGAGCAGCGCGCAGUCGCUGCGGGCGCUGGUGGCGGUGCGCACUGAGGGCGCAUUCCACUGCAGAGAUAACGGCACCUCUUGUUACUGCGCUGCGGUCAUAGAGAUAUGCGUGUUGUGGGGUGGGCAGUUCCCGGCGAUGGCGCUGCUGGAGGCGUGGCUGCCGGGCGGGUACGGCGCAGACGCUCGCCGCCUCUACAGCCAGCUGCACCACGACAUGCUAUUGCGUCGUAUAGAGAUGUCCAGCUCGGGCAGCAAGGUGACGAUGUACCUGGGGGCUGCUGGAGCUGGUGAGGGUGGGGGUGGUGGUGGUGGUGGCCAGCACCGCUGCUACGUGCUGCACGCGGUGGGGCCGCGCGCCCGCACUCGGCCCGCACAUGUCAAACUCACUGAUUACUAUCAGCCCACUGUCAGCGAUGUACAGAUGUACACAAUACCAGAAGACUGUCCAUCUCCUGUCUCACACGACACAUACCAACAGACAGACAAUCUAUUUGAAAAAGCGAGGUCUCUCGACACCGGAGAGCUCCUCAUCAACCAAGACUUCACCUUCCAAGAUAUACCUGAAGGUACACCAUUAGAAGACCCAAUGUUUGAAAAUCUAUAUAAAAAAGAUAAUAAAAACACUGAAACUCCAAACGAAAACGUCAAACCAGAAAUAAAUAAUUCAAUAGAUUAUUCGGCAUUAUCAAAUAUGUUUGAAUCACAAAUAAAUUACAUUAACGGAGAAAUAAAUGAAAUUAUAAAACAUAAAUAUGAAUUUAAUGAAACAAUUGUUGAGAAACGAAAUCCGAAUGAUAAAGACACAAAUAAACCGGAAGUAGACAAUCCAAAGUUGUCUAGUUUCCAUGUGAUAGAGACAGAGAAGGAUCUAGAAGUUCCUACAGGAGUAGAAGGACCGGUUCCUUCUGUAGUUCUCCCGCCGAAAGAUUUCAUAUUUAAUUAUCCUAAAACUGGUUCAACAGAAACAUUUCUGCGGGCGAUACAAAUGCCGCCUAACGACUUCGACAACAUAAGAUAUAAACGAGCAACAAACCAGGCGUAGCUUUUAAAAUAUAUGCCUAGUUCACAUUAUGCCAGUACAGUGCGACAGUUAUACCAUCACUGGCGCCAGUAACCGUAUAUGCCAGUAUCGAAGUGGCAAUGAGGACUAACCAUUAUAGUGUGCUUUGAAAAAAUCUAUCCCUUUCAUGUGCUUUAACAAAAUAGAGAGAGAAAUAUAUUUUUCUACGUUUAUACAGUAACUAAAAUACCUGCUAAGGGCCUGUCCCACCACUGGCUGACGUCACUAUCUGAGGGAACAAAAUCCGAUAUUUUCAUCACAUUUUUACAC